AAUAUUCUGUUUCAAAAAAAUCCUUCAGGGGUGAAGCCAUCUCUUCAAAAAAAUAUUUCCCAUAUAUUUUAAGUGAGUCUUUCUUUUUUCCUUGUUCAUUUAAUUGUUUUCUGCUAUUAUACAGAUCCUAAUUCUACAUGUUAUAUUAGUUUUUAACGUGAGUUUUAAUACAUCUGUCUUCUAUAAGUAGCUUCUGCUGUAGGUACCAAAAACUUGAAGAAAAAAAAAGGGCAGAUAUGGCAAAGUACAAGGUGGGAAAUGAAUUGGGUUGUGGUUUUAUGGGUGGGAUUUUCCAGUGCAGUAGCUACUGGCCUAGAAAAUCAUCUGUUCAUUCACUACCCUCAAAUACUAGCACAAAUGAUUUGAAUGCACCAAUCAGUGAAUAUUGUUCUUCAAAGUACAAUGAAUCCAAGAACCAACAAUCCGAAUCCACAGAGGGUAGUGCUACUGUAAUUUCCUUGAAUUCAGGUAAACCUUCUCCGAAUUUGGACUCAAAACAUGCCGGGAAGCCUAGCUUGAAUCAUCCAGGGCCUUCAGCUUGCCACCAAAAGGUUCAACCAAGAAGACAUUCAGAUGCUGCAAGAAGCUCAAUUUUUUCAUCCAAUGGAGCAGGGCAAAUUAAGGUGUCACAGCACCCUGACUUGGCUAAAGAGAUGAAGCUACGAAGAGCGUUCACUGCUAGCUCUGCAGAGCUCAGUAGGAAGAUCAGUGAUCACCAGCAAGCCAAUGAAACCGAAGCUCCAGUCCAAGCCACUUCAAGUAGUUUAAUUUUUACAGGACAGUCUAGGAACUUGAGGAAGCCCGGCUUUACCAAUCAGAUAGCAAGCAAUAGUCCCAGUGCCAUUUCAACCAAGACUCUGGCUUAUCAUCCUAGAAACCUCGAAGACUCGAAUUCCACACCUAGCCGAAAAAAUGGCUUUGGAAAACUAGGAGGCAAUGGUGAGAUGGGCAACAUUGUGAGGAGAAACAGCGAUGACCCUGAGGUUUUGAAGUCCAUGGGAAAUGAGGCAUAUAAGGAGGGCAGAUUCGAAGAAGCCUUGGGUUUGUAUGAUCGCGCAAUUGCGUUGGAUUCAAACAAGGCAGCCUACUAUAGCAACAAAGCAGCAGCUUUGAUUGGUUUAGGUCGUCUCAUUGAUGCGGUUUUCGAGUGCAAAGAAGCAAUCCAAAUUGAACCCUCUUACCACAAAGCUCAUCAUCGGUUGGCAACAACAUAUCUCAGAUUGGGAGAAGCAGAGAAAGCAUUGGAUCACUACAAGCACUCGGGUCCAUACGCUUUCUCGAAAGAUAUUGACCAAUGUCAGGCUCUUCAAAAAUGCCUUAGCAGAUGCACUGAAGCUCAGAAAUUACAAGAGUGGAAUGUUCUGUUAAACGAAACCCAACUGGCAAUUUCCUCAGGUGCCAAUUCAGCUCCACAGGUGUUUGCUUUACAAGCUGAGGCCUUGCUGAAGCUUCAAAGACAUCAAGAAGCCUAUGCCACCUACCAAAAUCGACCCGGUUUUGGCACUGAUAUUUGCACCAAAUUUUUUGGCGUGGCAAAUAGUGCUUACCUGUUAAUGAUAGGAGCUCAGGUUUACUUGGCUGCUGGCAGGUUUGAGGACGCCAUAGGUGCAGCUCAAAAUGCAGAACGGCUAAAUCCAUGUGACAAGAAUGUCGGUAUGGUGGUGAAGAGGGCUAGAGCUGUUGCGUCAGCCCGAGUAAGUGGUAACCUUCUCUUCAAGGUAUCAAAGUUUUCGGAAGCGUGUGUGGUAUAUAGCCAAGGACUACAGCACGAUCCACACAAUUCUAUUUUACUAUGCAAUCGAGCAGCUUGUCGUUCUAAGCUUGGUCAAUUCGAAAAGGCCAUUGAAGAUUGCAAUGCAGCACUUGAUUUGCAGCCUUCUUAUAGCAAGGCCAGGCUACGCCGUGCAGAUUGCAACGCCAAGUUGGAAAGGUGGGGAGCUGCAAUUCAAGAUUAUGAGAUGCUGAUACGGGAAACUCCUGGAGACGAGGAAGUUGGAAAGGCUCUGUUUGAAGCCAAGAUCCAGCUUAAAAAACAACAUGACGAAGAUGUUGAAGACGCGAAAUUAGGAUCAAAUUUGGUUCUUGUUACCAGCAAUGAGCAUUUUAGACACUUUGUGACAUCCUCAGGGAUGUCUGUGGUGCUGUUUUGUAACAAAACUAAACAAAAGGAAGUGUUUCAAGCCCUGCGCCAAGUCUGCAAAAGAUUCCCAUCUGUCAAUUUUCUCAAGGUGGAGGUUGAAGACCACCCCUACUUGGCCAAAAUGGAGGAUGUGAGCACAAUCCCAGCUUUCAAGAUAUACAAAAAUGGAUCAAGGGUCAAAGAAAUUCCAGGCAAAAACCAUGAAUUAUUAGAAAGCUCAGUCAAAUUGUAUAGCAGCUGAUCGGGAUAGUUAAAUUAAACAGAAGAUAAACAAAAAUUAUAGUUUAUAUAAGGUGACUGGCGGCAGAAACUUCACAUCUUGCAAAAGAAGGCCACGUGAAAAAAUUGAUUGGGCCAAUCAUAUCUGCUUGAUAACUUUGCCUGCACCGCACAUAAAGCGAAAAGGUUGGGAUGAGAAUCGGUGUGAUCAUAGAUGAAAUUUAGAAUAAGGGAAUUUGAGUGGCCUUGAAUUUGUAUACCUUCAUGAUUGUUUUUUUUUUUUUUUUUUUCCUUUCACUUUGGUUUUUGUUCUUCCAUAUGUUGCACACCAACAUGUGCCCUGGUAAAAGUGAAUUGUGGUUGAUUAGAAUUUAGAGGAAGUUUUAAAUAUUCA